UAUUUUUUUGAAUAAGUGCUCUUGUCCAAAACUUAUUUCAUUCCCAACAACUAGUUGACAGUAUUUGAUUAAAGUAUUUGACCGUUCAAUGUUCCUGGUUAAAUGAAUCGAGCUUCAUCAAUUAUAUUUAUACUUGUAAAGAGGCCUGUCUGAUCCUCUUGACCAAUUUUUUGAUUUCCCUUUCAAUUAACUCCAACACUAUACCUUAUUACCUUAUUGGAAAUAUUAAUUCAUCAUUAAAACCUGAUUUUUCAAUUCCCACCACACAAUUUUGACUUUCCUCAAACAAUCAGUCAAUAUUUAAUCAUGUAAUUGCUCUCACUCUUCAAGUCAUUUCCCUUGCCAGUCCAUAACAUACAAACAUAACUUUACUCCUUUCUGGAUGAUUAUCAAUUCUUAGUGAACAUUUCAUCAUUUGGUGACUCAAAAUUUUCUUCUAGUGAAUUCUUUUGGCUUUGAGCUUUGAUUUGAAUAGCUCAUCAUCAUAAACACACUAUCGAUACUAAAGCAACCACCAGCUGACGUAAAGGGAGAGGGAGAGAGAUACCAUAAGAUAACUUAUCUUUGUGCUUCUGAUAAUUUGUAAAGAAUCAUUUUCGAUGUUUGAUUUAUUAACAAUUGUCCUUAUUGCCUUACUACCUACUUUUUUGGUUGCCUUCAUCAUGGGUAAAGUGAAUCGUUUAGCAAGUGAUAUUAGUGCCGUUGGUAAAACAAUUGUGGUUACUGGAUGUAACAGAGGAAUUGGUCGAUCAACAGUUGUUGAUCUUGCUCGAAGAGGUGCCUCAGUAAUCAUGGCCUGUCGUAAUGUUGAGGCUGCUUCCAAAGUUGCUGAUGAUGUUAAAAAGGAGACUGGAAAUGAAAAUAUCACCAUAGUCCAGCUUGAUCUUUCAUCGUUUGCUUCCAUCAAGAAGGCUGUUGAAGAAAUCAAUGGACAACACGAGAAAAUUGAUGUUCUUAUCAAUAAUGCAGGCAUCUAUGGAUCAGAUGAGAGGAAGGUUAGUGAAGAUGGAAAUGAAAUGCAUUUCCAAGCAAACCAUUUAGGACCCUUUCUAUUGACCAUGUUAUUGUUACCCAAACUAAAGGCUAGUUCACCUGCAAGAAUUGUCAAUGUCUCAUCGGAAGCUCAUCGAUUAACUCGGUCAAUUGAUCUGGAUGAUGUCAAUUUUACGAAAAAGUAUUCGCCUUUCACUUGCUAUUGUGUUACCAAAUUGGAAAAUGUUUUAUUCACAAAUUAUUUAGCCGGUGAACUUAAAGACUCAGGAGUAACCGUGAAUUGCCUUCACCCAGGGACCAUUGAGACUGAUUUACUUAUUGGGUCAGCUUUCUCUAAAUACUUAUACCGUUGGUUAGGUCCAUUCAAGCGGAUGUUCAUGAAAACAGAGGAAGAAGGCGCUCAAACAACAAUAUAUUGUGCCUUGGAGCCAUCAUUAAAUAAUGUUACCGGUAAAUACUUUGACAAUUGCCAAGAAAGAGGAACUUCUAGCCUGGCUUCAGACCUUGGAUUAGCCAAAAAGCUUUGGGAUAUUUCAAUGAAGAUGACAGAAAGUUAUCUUGGACCCAAAGAUGAUAAAAUGAAAGUUAUUGAAGAGGAAAACUAAUUUUUCAAUGAAUCUCAUGUUAAACGUUGAUACACCACAUCAAAAUUUAAUCUUCCAAUCGCAUAUAUUUUUCUGAAUAACAGUUCUACAGAUUUUAUGUUUUUAAAUAAUCGAUGUAUUCAUCAAUUUUUAAAUGUUACAAUUUAUCUUUCCUAAUCAAACAGAGUCAAUUAAAUAUUGGUAUUUUGUUUUAAUAA